UGCAUUUUCACUCAACCACUCAACUUCUUCUUUAAGAAUCAAUGCAAACACCCCAUUACAAUUCCAGCUUCAUAGAUUCCACCUAUGGUGGCAUGGUGCUGAACUACAAUUGAUGAGCCAGAAGUCAAGUGUGCAGAGUCGACGGCGGAAGAGGUAGAAGAAGAAGAACAGUUAUUCGCCCAGUAGCCGGAGACAGACAUGACGUCUGGCUUGAAAACCUUGAGCCCCAUCGCUAUACCUCUCCGUCUCUGGCCCAAAGCUUCUCUCUUUCACUCUUCUCACCAGAAAUUGCAUUUACCAAUCCCGAGAUCUGCUUCUCUCUUUUAUCCACUAUGCACACUGCAAACGAGUGGCCCAAGAGCGUUGCCUAAGGGGGUCGGCGAAGCUGUUAAUGAAGCUUCAAAGAAGAACAGUUUUCUUCAAGUGGUUUUAGUUUCUCCUCAGAUUCCUGGGAAUGUUGGAAGUAUUGCAAGAACAUGUGCAGCAUCAGGUGUUAAACUCCACCUAGUUCAGCCAUUAGGGUUUGCAAUUGAUGAUACAAAGCUAAAGCGAGCUGGACUUGAUUACUGGCCGUAUCCUUCAUUCCUUUGCAACACCCCAAUAAUAUAACUUACACUUCUGUAGAAUUUGUUACCAACCCACUGGUUGAUCAUUUAAGAAUAUGCUGAUUUCUUGCUAAGUAUCUCCACACAUUUGUUUUUCCAAACCAUCAUCAUCAUCUCUACUAUCACCUCAUCACAUUAAUACCAACUAUGUUUCUGUGGAGAUACCAACUAAGUAUCUCCACACAUUUGUUUUCCCAGUGACAGUUAAUCCUCACAAUAUAUUUAACACUAACUUUUCAAAGAAAGAAUAGUGGUGAAGUUUUACGCUUUACGCCCUUCAUGUUUAAAGCAGGAAUAAAUGAAUAAUGAGAUGAAAAUUUAAAACUGUAAUCAACUAAUCAUAGAUCUUAUCAGCUUACAUAAAGGUAUGAUUAGAGAUUAUGAGUUGUGAUAGUCAUGCUUCAUUGCAAAGUUGAUAUCGUAAAAUCAGCAUGCAUAUCAUGGAACAUGACCGACAUUCUUUAAACCUACACAGGGUGAAUUUUACUUUUUCUCAUUAUGUUUAUCAAUGAAGACUACACUUUCUCUGAGUCUCUGAGAAGAGUGACAAAAUUUGUGAGCAUAAUUGCGUGGUGGAGUAUGAUAGACUUAGAUGUGUAUGAAAACAUGCAAUGGUAAAUGCAUGCAUACAGAGAUGGAUCAAAGGAAGAGCUGAUGGCUGAUAUGUUGUUGUGAAAGUGCAUCUGUCCUGGUCUGAAUUUCUGGUCUAUUUCAGCAGACAGAUUGGGGAAAAGAGGCUUUUGGCAUUUACUAAAAGUGGGACAACCAUACAUUCUGACUUAUGCUACAGAAGGGGUGAUUGGCUGGUAUUUGGCUCAGAAACUAAAGGGUUGCCCCCCGAAGCUGUACUUGAUUGCAAGAAUGAGCCUCUUGGUGGUGGAACCGUUCGCAUCCCAAUGGUGGACACAUAUGUUAGGUGUUUGAACUUAUCUGUGAGUGUUGGCGUGGCUGUGUACGAAGCUUCUCGACAAAUAGACUACGAACAACUCCAAUCUUUGCCUGAAGAACCUCAUACAUGUAUAGAUCCAUCUUUUUUCAAGGAAGACAUUUUUGCCUAAUUUCUCUUCUGAUUCCCUCUUUGAUGUUCAAGUUGAGUUGUCACUGUACUUGCUAAAAUUGAGGUGCGAAAAAAAGAUGGUUGGGCGCAUGAAAGAAGAUGCAGAAUGCAUCAAUUAUGAAUGUGCAUAAAAACUUCAUAUCAAACACGUCCUUGCUCUGCACGAGGGAGGCGCUGGCAGAGGAUGUAGUGUACAAGCAUACGAACUGGGGCAUGUAUCUUUAUGUCAUAUAAGUCGCUUUACAAACUGACCUAUUUCAUUUUGUAGCUCAAAGGUGGCAGAGACAUUUGAUUGGCCUGGACCUCGAUAGGCAGUUUGUGCCACUGGUCUAUGCCGAAGCAUUAUGGUUUAGGCCUUGAUAGGUGUAUUUCAUCCUUCCCUGAUGGACUUGCUAAGACGAUUAGGGCGGCCACUACCCGUCUACCCGUCUUUCAGAAGGCAGUUAGCAAGCUUCAUCGACUGAAUGACUAGGUGCAUGCGCCCUCUGUGAUUGACUAUGCUGUUGUAAUCCCGUCACCAGACAGCUGCAUUAGCUGGUGGUGUUACGUUAGCUGAUUGUGUUAGGCUUUAGGCACAAGUUUGGCUUAGCUACAUGACCACAUGUGGGCUAACAUGUGUCCCUGACACACCCAACAUAUAUGAAAUGAUGGCAGAGCUAGAAUAUAUGGUUGAAGCACCCGCAAUGCACUAGCAAAGUGUCAUAUUUAAAGGGUGUAUUUCACACAGGCCACACAUAAACGCGACAACCUCUUUCGUGUUCUAAAUUAACAACUCGAUACUUGAAUUAAACUCCAGAAACUAAUUUAAACUUAUAUACUGGUGUUAUCUUGUUAAUGAAUCAUUG